CAUUAAGGAAAAUACUUUGAAUCGUUCGUGCUUUUCGGAGUUAAUCCCACUUUCUAAUAUUGUGUUUUUGUUCUAAGGGAGAAGUAGGAUACCUAGUAGCCCGAUGUAAAGCAUUCGGACCUGGGCAGGAGCAGUUUCAAACCAGAAUCGCACACGCACAGAGGAAAACUGUCAACGAGACAGAGCUCCAAAUCGGCCAGUCACAUUCUUUACCUAGAUUUUAUCACAAAUAGUCGAACAACAAAUGAUCAAAAUUUAUCCAAUUCUAUAAGAUUUUAUGUGUACAGUAGUAGUAGUUGUCGUGGUCUGCGGUCUCGUCUAAAAUUUCAUUUAAAAACAAAAAUAUUUAUUUAUUUUUUCUUUUUUUUUGGAGAAAAAUCAAACGAGCAGAAAAGCCUUUUCCGAUUGUAGGAUUCUAGGCUCAGGACACACGACACACGGUUAAGAGUAGAAAGGACAUUGAAAUGCAUACUCUGCGGACGCAGGUCAACAGCCUGGUGAUGCGCCAGGGACUCGUGCGGUGCCAAUUGCGCCGCGCCAGUGGCAGCAGCAGCUUCCCCGAGCUGGCCUUCCCCGAGGACCAGGAGGAGAUCGAGCCGGAGGACGAUGAGAACGCAAUGGAGCAGCAUCUACCGAUCCUGCGCAGCCGUCACACCGAUCUCUUCUACAUGCCGAAUUGCGUUGGCCCGGCCUACCAGGGACUCAUCUCAUCGGCCGAGCAGCCCUAUGCCACCGCCUACUAUCCGGAGGAGAAACACAUCGAGAACUCGCUCGGAGUCGGUGGCAUUCUGCCGCCCACCGACAUGUGGGUGGUGGCCUGCCCCAAGCUGCUGGCGGCCUACAUGCGACGUUUGUUCCAGCACCCCUAUGCCCGUUUCUGCAGCGCGAUGAACUUCAGCAUGAUCGGUCUGCGGUUCCACGGCAUGGACACAGAGAGCGCCCUGCGCUCCUUCGUUCUCCUCGCCAGCUACAAUGCUCGCGAAAUCAUGUACAAUGGCUACUGGGCCGACUUCAUCAAUCCGUUGACUGGACGCGCCCACUUCCGGGCCUCAAAUUCCAACCGGAAGAAGAACUGCCCCGAGGCGGAGAUCCUGCGCAAGGGCAUGGUCCUGUCCAAUGCCAACGGGUGUACGGUGAUCGAAGAGGCGAAGGACGACCAGUUCACCGGCUGCAUCUUCACGGACACUCCACUGAAGGUGCUGGAGUCGUGGUGCGUGUAGAGAGUCGAGUCGAGUCGAGUCGAGUCGAGCCGAGCCGCUGCUGCUCCUUUCCAUGUCUCUGUUGUGUACGCAUUAAAAGUCCGUUUUGAGGCCGAGGAGAAUUUCGGAAAAAAUUCACGUAGUAAAGUUUUGAAUACCUUUCGAUCCUGCCCCAGUAAAUUUCAAGUUAUUUUUCUAUUCUAUCCACACAACCUGGAAGAGAGUACCUGGAAGGAACAAUCCCCCGGUUGCUAUUCUAUAUUUUUUUUUGUAUAUCUGAGCGAGCAACUGAGGACAAGGAAAGGAUGCGAAGGACCGUCGGAUAUUCGUAUAAGAAUUGUUUUUGUAAUUUUGGAUAAUAUAUGGAGCAAUAUUACAAAUUAAAAAGGGCAGGACUUCAUUCACUUAGUUUCGAACCGAAUAAAUUGAAAGGAUAGUCUGCGUA